AUGGCAGAAAUACCAGAGACGCAAACCGUGCUCAUCCUCCAUGCGGCCAAGCAGCCGUAUGAGACGGCGGAGGGAUACCAAGUGCCCGAGAUUCGAGAUGAGCGGGAAGUGCUGGUGAGAACGGAACACAUCGGCCUGAACCCGAUCGACUGGAAAGCGCCCGACUUCAACUUCGCGAUCCCGACGCUGCCCUACAUCUCCGGCCGCGAGCUCGUCGGCCGCGUCGUCCGUCGCCAGCAGUCCUCGCAGAGUCGCCUCAGCGACGGCGACCGCGUCCUCGUCAUCUCGACCGACUACCGCGACCUCCGCAAGGCGGCCUACCAGCAGUACGUCGUGACCUCGGACUUCAACGCCGCGCGCAUCCCGCCCAACGUCUCGCCGCGCGCCGGCGCAACCCUCGGCGUCGCCUUCGUCGCAGCUGUGCUCUCGCUCGGCGUCUGCAUGGGCGUCGACUUCUCGGGCGUGCUCGGCGGGCCGGACCUGCUGAAGCUACUGCGCGAGAUCCCUGCCGAGAGCCUGCCGCAGGAUAUCCGGGCCGAGUGUCUGAGCGGGAUCCGGGACCACGAGAGGGCCGUGGCCGGGGACUGGGUCGUCAUCUGGGGCGGGUCGUCGACGUCGGCGAACCUGGCCGUGCAGCUUGCGCGGCUGGCCGGGCUGAAGGUCGUGACCGUCGUGGACAAGUUGAGGCACGGCCUGCGCCCUACCCUGAAGCAUCUCAUUGGUUUGACGGGCCUGCCCAAGGAUCAGGCCCCUGAGGCAGUUGCGUACCACACUGUUCCCAUCAAGGUCUUUCACGAGGUGCCCGCCGUCGGCGAGGCGCUCGUCACCUGGCUCGAGAGGUUGCUGGAGAGCGGCCUCGUCAGCCCUCCUGAGCUCCUUGGCGUGGAAGAAGGCUUCGAAGGCAUCAACCGUGGUCUCGAUCGAAUGAGGAGAGGCGAGAUCCGCGGUGGACGGAUGGUCGUUAGUCUCGAGCCCGAGAGGACGGAACAGGCAGUGACCAGAGACCCGAGUGUACCGCCCGCGCUGGUUGACUCGCCUAUGGCCGGUGGUGUGGAGGAGCCUCAACGAUCCGAGUCGUCGGUAGCAUCAAGCCCCGAGUUUACGUCCCAGAAGCUUGCCGACACAGGCUUGAGGAGGGGAAGCGCGACGUUGUGGCAAGGUGGUCCGGCGGUCAACUCGGUCCCUAGAAGCGUGCCUGACGAACAGCUUUCAUCGGGGGAGCCGGCUCCAUAUGCGACGCAGAGGAGAAACUCACUGUGGCAGCCAAAGUCAGCGGCAGUCGUCACGGAGAAGCCCCUCUCAUGA